CUCUUUUUCAACUCUAAUCAGAAACCAAAACCUCAAAGCUUCAUCCUUUCCAAUCCCUUCUUUUUUUUUUCAAUUUUUUUUUUCAUACAUCUUCUAGUCUUGGUAUAAUCUGUUAUAUACUCGCAAGAUGGAUAAGCAGCUUGAUGUGUGCUUCGACCGCGUCGAAAAAGCCUUAGGCACCCUGGUCGACUCAAUUGCUAAAUAUCAUCCUUCCGUAACCCAAGUGAACGAACUGGGGCUUGCCGACGUCGAACUGAAUAAGGGCCUUGAAGAUUAUACAUGGGAACUGAUCCAUCUACCUUCUCAGUGCAAACCCACCAAUCUAACUAUCGACGCAUUCAGGAUCUACGAGCAGCUACGACUAGCUUCGACACACAGAUCAAGGAAACGCUGCGCCUACUAGCGAACACGCGGAAGGAACUCGUCAACGCCCCUGCUACCGUCUUCCCGUCCGAUCGCCCUAGCUACGACAUCGACUACGACGAACUGCUCGCCUACGCCAGUCGCAUCAGCAAAACUACCAUCCCUCCCGCCGGCGCCGCAAACGGCCUUUCGGCCGAACCGAAAGCCGAGAAUAGCGGAGGACUAGGGACGGAAACGGCCGCCACGACACCGGCCGCCGGGACGCCAAACGGCGCAUUAACUGGCGCCACAACACCUGCGAACGUAAACGGCGCGCAACAGCAGCAGCAGCAGCAAGACCCCGCGUCGCAGUCUCAGCAGCUCGUCACCACGGGCGCCGGCGACGCGGUAGUCGCUCAGGACGAGCUACCAUGGAAGCUGAACCCGUUCAGCGACGUCGAAUUCGUGCCGUGGCCGAGCGAAGAGUCGGUGCGCAAGGGCGCCCUGGCCACGCUAGCCUUCCUCUCGGAGAAAGGCGUCGACCCGGAGAACUACGAUCCCGAGGAAGAGAAGGCGCGUAAGGAGCGCGAGAAGGAAGAACAGCAGGCGGCGGAAGAGAGGGAGAGGCAGGAGCGCGAGGAACGCGAGCGCAGGGCCAGAGAGGAGCAGGCGCGGCUGCGGGCCGAGCGGGAGAAGGAGCAGAGGGAGGCGUGGCGGCGGGCGAGCGUUACUGGGGGCCCUGGACCGAUUCAAUCGUCGCCGGUAGGCGAGAAGAAGCAGUUCCAGUUUAUGGCUGACGACGAUGAGGAUGACGAUGAGUAAAAAUGGACAUUGGCAGAUCGACGAGAAAGUGUUUAUGGGAAUAGAACUCGGAGAGCAUGGAGAUCCAGCAUGUGCAUCCAUAUGCAUGACUUUGCAUGCUGUUCUUGAAUAGCGAAAAUACCCUUAUAUUCUAUUUACUACUUUUUACAGCGAAUCCUUCUCAUACAUUAAGGCCUCUGUGGGCCACAGCCCUGGCCGAUAUAUGAAUAUAUUAGUCCAUAAUACAUGGACAAAACGGAUAUAAUAUACGAAAAUAGCCACCCUCCUUAGAUCUCCCCUCGUCUUGAUAUUUUCUACUAUGAUUCUCAGUCA